AGCAACCGGCCAGGCGGCAGCGAGGCCGUAAACUGAGGAGGCGGAGCUGAGAAGCUGUCCCGACUGCUUGCUAACUCCAGGACCAGGUAUUGGACUGACGGGACCGCCUGGUUUAAAUUUUUGAAAUUGAAAUAGGUCUACACAUUAGGAACUCAUGUCUUUUCUUGUAAGUAAACCAGAGCGAAUUAGGCGGUGGGUCUCGGAAAAGUUCAUUGUUGAGGGCUUAAGAGAUUUGGAACUAUUUGGAGAGCAGCCUCCGGGUGACACUCGGAGAAAAACCAAUGAGGCGAGCUCAGAGUCGAUAGCAUCCUUCCCUAAGCAGGAGAUCAUGAGUAGCUUUCUGCCAGAAGGAGGGUGUUACGAGCUACUCACCAUUAUAGGCAAAGGCUUUGAGGACCUGAUGACAGUGAACCUGGCAAGGUACAAACCAACCAGAGAGUAUGUGACAGUACGAAGGGUUAACCUAGAAGCCUGUUCCAACGAGAUGGUGACCUUCUUGCAGGGGGAACUUCAUGUCUCCAAACUCUUCAACCACCCCAAUAUCCUGCCAUAUCAAGCCACCUUUAUUGCAGACAAUGAGCUGUGGGUUGUCACAUCAUUCAUGGCAUAUGGUUCCGCAAAAGAUCUCAUCUGUACACAUUUCAUGGAUGGCAUGAAUGAGCUGGCGAUCGCUUACAUCCUGCAGGGGGUGCUCAAGGCCCUUGACUACAUCCACCACAUGGGAUACGUACACAGGAGUGUGAAAGCCAGCCACAUUCUGAUCUCCGUGGAUGGCAAGGUCUACCUGUCCGGUUUACGCAGCAACCUCAGCAUGAUCAGCCACGGGCAGAGGCAACGUGUGGUCCACGAUUUUCCCAAGUACAGCAUCAAGGUUCUGCCUUGGCUCAGCCCGGAGGUCCUCCAGCAGAAUCUUCAGGGUUACGAUGCCAAAUCUGACAUCUACAGUGUGGGAAUCACAGCCUGUGAGCUGGCCAAUGGCCAUGUGCCCUUUAAGGACAUGCCUGCCACCCAGAUGCUGCUGGAGAAACUGAACGGCACCGUGCCCUGCCUGUUGGACACCAGCACCAUCCCCGCCGAGGAGCUGACCAUGAGCACCUCUCGCUCCGCGGCCAACUCUGGCCUGAACGAGAGCCUGGCCACCAGCACCCCCAGGACCUCCAAUGGUGACUCGCUGUCCCACCCCUAUCACCGAACCUUUUCCCCCCACUUCCACCACUUCGUGGAGCAGUGCCUUCAGCGCAACCCAGAUGUAAGACCCAGUGCCAGCACCCUCCUGAACCAUUCCUUUUUCAAGCAGAUCAAGCGACGCGCCUCAGAGGCUUUGCCUGAGUUACUUCGGCCUGUCAACCCAAUCACCAAUUUUGAGGGCAGCCAGUCUCAGGACCACAGUGGAAUCUUUGGCCUGGUAACAAACUUGGAAGAGCUGGAGGUGGAUGACUGGGAAUUCUGAGUCUCUGAAGAAGGUGCUCACUUCCCAGCAUGGGAUGGACGCGGGAGCCUCUGGGACCCUUCCUGAGGGCUGGCCACAUUCCUGUCCUUCAGGAGCAGACUGGGUAGAAAGGGCAUUUCUGCUAGGAGAGGUGCCUGCUUGCUGACUGGGAGAGAAGUUCCUGGAGAGAAACUUUUCUACUGCUCCAAGACAUCUGAGACACAGGGGAUCCAGACAGGCCAGAAAGCUGACAUUCCCAGCCCAGGGAGCUCUGGUGGCCUCUUGAGAAGAAAGAGAAGCCAGCCCUUGGGGACUGAAGUUCAAGUCUGGGGUUUGACUCACUGACACAGGGAACUAUGUGACUUCCUCCUCUCACUCUUGUUCUCCUACCAGCCAGUUUCCAUUCUUUUCCAGUGCUCUCAGAUCCUGUGGGUCCAUGGAGAGGCAAGCAGUAGGCAGUCUGUGCCCUCUCCCCUCUGACCUCUCCCUGAUAAUUGGAGGGAAGGGCACUGGUUUUCCUUUUUAAGCAUCAGGUUAAAGCUGGGGCAGCUUGUCCUGAUCCUUGUUAUGGCUUGGGCCCUGACACCUAAAACCUUCUGUACUUUG